GACCGCCCGGUGGCUGCUUUCCUUUCCGCGCCAUAUAUGGCCUGGCAGGGGGGGGUCACAUGCAUCCCGGGCCGCCGGCCGGGAGGGGUCGCUGGGGAAGGGGCAGACGGCGGGAGAAAAGGGGAGAGGGUCGGAGGCAGAGACAGGAGAGGGGUGGGGUGGCGGAUUCUGGGGCCAUGGGAGGCAGCAAAGGCUCGAGGAGCCGAGCGCUCGCCACUGCGCCAUGGAGCUGCACUCAUGCGGCUGCGGAGGUGGUGGUGGAGGAAGGGACCCACGCGGGGGGCGGGGGGGGGGUGCGAACGCGUCGGAAGCCAGAGAGCGCCGUGUCCCUGCGCUCUGUAGGUCAGCGGGCGCGGGCCGGCAGGAUGGAGCCGCAGCACGUGCGCCCCGUGCUUGGAUCCCAGAGCCCAGCCUGGGAGGAAAUGAAAAUCUUCAGUACUCGUCUCGCAACAUGAACGUUUAAAGCUAAAACCUUCACAGAGAUGUGAGAUGGAGCAGGAGCAGUGGCUAAAUGUUGAACUCUUCAAAACUUGGCGUAUGGGCUGCUGGUGUACUACCAUCAUCCCCAACACUCCUGUUCAGAAGAUGGGUGAGGAAAGUGGAAAGCCUAACCACUCAGCCGAUGACCAGUGGGAAAAAUGAGCUACAAGAUCACCUGAUCUUCAUCAGUGAGAAAGCUUUGCACAAGAGCAGGAAUGUUUUCCUGGCUGCUCAGGCUAUUUCAGAAAGAGAAUGGCGAUGAAGGAGAGACCAGACCAACAGAGAAGGAAGAGGGAAUCCUUUCUCAUGAAAAAGGAAGAAGGAAAUGGUUCUGGAGAAGGCACAGGUCUGCUAGAAAUACUUCAACCCAAAAUUCCAAAAUGACUAAGAAGAGAUCAAAAAUAAAUGAACUAGAAGAACUGAAAUUGGAUAUGAGGAAGAUCAGCAAUGACAUUGAGGAAAUGUGUGGAAUCCUAAACCUUUACAUGUAUGAGGAUUUGAACUACAGGAUGAACACUGAAUUCAACAUCAUUAAAUCACAACAUGAGAAGACAAUGUUGGAUAUGAAUAAAAUGAUCCAGUCAAUAAUUGGUUCCAUGCAGUACUCUAAGGAACUGAUAGAAGAUAACUAUUCCUACAGCAUUAAGGAGGACCACCUCCUCCGUGAGUGCACUCAACUCCACGAAAACGUAAGGAUAUUACUGAAUGAGAACAGAAGGCUGCUGGUGGAGCAGGCUGGCCACAAGUGUCCUGUGGGGAAGAAAAGAGGUUCUCUGAGGAGGCCAGCAAGAACAUCUGUGUCCCAAGUGCCAAGGAACAGCAGUCCAGCAGAAAGCAGAACAUGGCACAGACCAGGACAUGAUCUCCCUCAAAGAGAAGUGCUGGAGGAAGAGCACUGAGUGUGCACAGGAAAUACACCACUGUUGCCUCUCAUCCCUAAUAACCAUGGCUGUAAUGGGCUGUAUGCUCCUCCUUUAUUUUGUUUCUUUGGUAUGAACAGGCCUUAAUUUCAUCUAGCCUCUGGCCCAGGAAGAGUGCACAUUUAAAGGGACUCAGAGAAAUGCUGAGACACAUCAAGAGCUGCUGGGCAUCCAGGAAGAAUCUGAGUGCAAAUUUAUCUUUUCCUGAUGGGUCAUCAUCAAUAAUUACAUGGAGAUCAGUCAACAAAAUUGUAAAACCUUGGAUCCAAGUCUACAACAUGUGUUCUGCUUUGACUUGGGAGGCCAUAUCCUUCAGACCCACACUCCAAAAGGAGAGUGUUGCUUAAAUUUCUCCUGCAAAGAUUUUUACCUGCAGGAACUGCUUUUCUACUAAGUUGCCAAGGACAGCCACAGGCUGUAAGGCUGUGCUACAAAAUGAGCAGACUAAGAAUUUUGCUUUGCACAAUUUUUGUGGUUUGAUUUUGGUUUGAGUUUUGAUUAGUUUAGGUAUUUGGUUUUUCUUGUUUUCAUUCAAAGUUUUGUUAUUUAUUGGUUAUUUAUUGUUCUUUUAAGUAAUUUGAUAUUUUGAUAAGAUUAUACACAGUACAUAUUGACUGUCAGCUUUCAGUUACAAUUGAGUACAUUGCAUUUAUUCUUAUAACUAACACAGUGAUCUCCAACUCUUCACUCUAAGAGCCUUGUUAUUUCAGGUGUGAUCAUGAAAUCCCACAGAUAUCAGACCCAGAUGGAUCUCUGCACUCUUCAUGGGACUUGGGCUCCAUAGUUUCUCCUGAGCCAGACUGAACUACAAAGUCCUUCAUACAUUCAGUAUGGAGAGUAUGUCCAACUGUCUGGAUAGGAACUUAAUGAUGGAAAACUUACCCAUGCUGCAUCGUUGCUGUCAAAUAUUUAGCUACUGUGAAAAUACUGUGGAUGAUGGUGUUGAACGCAUUAAUGGCAAAUACAUCAGUUUUUCUGUAAUAGCUCUCAUUAAAUCAAAGCAUAGUCUAAGGGAAUAAAAAGCUGUCAGAAAACA